UGUCGUUUGUAUGAUUUUCCCGUCCACACAACAAACCUACUAAAAAUCAAAAAUCAAUUAUUGCCGUGAAAAAAGAGAGGGAUAAAUCUCAAAAUAAAAAUCCCACGCUUUUCGAGCCGAAAACUUUUAGAGAGAGUGAGAGAGAGAGAGGAGACAGAGAGAAGAAGAGAAGAAGAAUGGAGGACAUGAAGAAGAGGAAGCUGGAGGAGACGGAGGGCAAUGGUGAAACCUCUUCGGAGGAACACUUGCGUUCGCUUCUCGAUCCUCUCGCUAAGCCCCAGCUCGUCGAUCUUCUUGCCGAACUAGGUUCCCAAUAUCCUUCAAUUGCAGACAAAAUUAAAAGUGUUGCAAGUGCUGAUCCUGUCCAUCGAAAGCUUUUUGUUCGGGGCUUGGCCUGGAAUACCACUUCAGAAACUUUGUGUGAUGCAUUUAAAGCGCAUGGAGAAAUUGAGGAAGGAGCUGUGAUUUAUGACAAAGCAACUUUUAGAUCGCGUGGCUAUGGUUUCAUCACUUACAAACAUAUAGAGUCAACUCAGAUGGCAUUGAGAGCACCUAGCAAGCUCAUUGAUGGUCGAAUGGCGGUUUGUAAUUUAGCUAGUGAGGGCUUGACCGGGACAAGUACUACCCCUGAUCUUCCCCAGAGGAAGCUUUACAUUGGGGGCUUGUCACGAGAAGUCACAAGUGAGAUGCUGCUCAACUUCUUUGGAAGGCAUGGCAAAAUAGAAGAAGGUUCAGUUGCAUAUGACAAAGAUACUAAUGAAUCACGUGGGUUUGGCUUUGUUACAUACAAGACAGUGGAGGCAGCAAAGAAGGCAAUAGAUGAUCCACAAAAGAGCUUCGCCGGGAGAACUGUCAUAGUCAAGCUUGCAGAUUCCCACAAGGGCAGGACAGCUCAAACACAGUUACCCACAGCAAUGGUUCCAAUGGCCUUGCCUCUGGGGGGCGGAUAUCCGCACCCUGGAAAAGCACAUCAUAGCACUGCUCCAGGUGGAUACGGUUAUCCUCAAAUGGCAGCACCCUAUCCCGAUUCUUCAUACUCUAGUCCUACCGCAUUACCUGGUCCAUACCAAAUGCAACCUCAAGUCUCAUAUCCGCCAGCCAGUUCAAAGAACGACUCCUUUGGACCUCCACCAACAAUGCCUAUGGGAACGGGGGGUUACCCAUAUUACAUGACUAAACAAUAAAAUUUGCCUCUCUACCUCUUGCUCCAAAAUAUGGGCAAAUGAUUUUGUCAGAAUAGGCACAGGGAAUUGGUAAAUGGCAUAGAAAUCUGUUGUUUUAGUACUGUAAGGUGUUUUCUAUUAGCUAACUCUUACUCGUCGUUCUUGCAUCAUUAACACCGAUAGAACCUGUUCAUUUGUGUCUGAGAUAGUUUGAAUUGAUUUUCUAGUUGAAGUAACAUUUCUAUCCCAAAAAAGGCCUGAAGGUAGUCAUAAAAAUUGGUUGAAAUAGGAUUUAGGUACCAGUCUACUGAUUCGAUAAAACACAGGAUACCAUGAUGCGAUUCCCCUUUCUUUCAUUCGGAGCACCCCCAGCAAAACGAUGCCAUCAUGGAAUCCCAGUCAUCAAAGAGUAAAUGGAAGCCAAAACACUCUUUGUAUCAAUGAGGAUAAACACCCGGGGAGCUCGGGGCUCACAUGUCCUUGUGUGGUGUGAGCCCCUGACUCCCCGGAGCCGAUGUAAGGGAGAAUGACUUGAGUCACGGCUUUUAUCAACACUUUAAUUCCCACCAACCAGAAAGAGCUUUCUUUGCAAGUGCAACUUCUUCCAUGCUCUAUCCUUUCACUAAACGGAAAACUUCAUUUUAUUCCUUCCAAUGAAUGAUCAUUGAAGGCAGGCACCACGUGGUGGUCGGAGAUGCACUUCUUCUCCAAACUCAUUUGGGUACACCACCCUUUAUUCUUAUGAUCCUUUUUUG